AUGCCGACUGAAGACCGCGGUGGACUUUCUGGCCCAACAGUACUCAAGUUUCUUCGCACGACCAGUCUAGUAGCUUUUAAGUUGUGGGCACCAGGACCAUUCAAGUUAGUGCUGUGCAAGGACCUACUGCGCUCAGUACAAAUGGCGCUCGUGAAAACACGCUCAGUGCAAAAAAAUAUAUUAUGUGACAACUCAAGUUGUACUACUCCAGUACCCCUCUUAAGCAGAGUGUUUCACGGUGUAUCAACUAGCAUAAUAUGGAGGCUUCAAUUAAAUGUUGAGCUCCUCGGUUUAUGUGUUCGCUUUUUACUCCCUGGAACAUUCAGAACCUUGCAGUUCUACAAUCUCCUUUUCAAGUUGACGUGCGGGUACGUCAAAACAGCAGUCUGGGAUAUACGAACCGCGAAAUGCAUAUCGGAGUUGAAGGAAUGCUGGGACUCUCGCCAUAGCAAGGCCGCAAAUUUGACAAAAAGGACAUUGUUAAAAUUAUCAGGUUUCUACUUGAAGGUAGCGCAAGUUUUUGCCACGAAAGCAGAUCUACUACCAAAAGAAUACGUUCACGCGCUCAGCUGCGUUCUUGAUGAUUGCGCUCCGAUGCCCGUCGGUGAGGUCAAGAGAGUGGUAGAGCGAGAAUUAGGCGCUCCAAUAUCGAAGAUUUUUCAUCGAUUUGACUUGCAACCGAUCGGCUCAGCCACUAUUGCUCAAGUCCACCGCGCAGUCUUGCAAGACGGUCGACAUGUCGCUGUAAAAGUACAAAAUACUCGAAACAAAAAGCUGAUGCGAUUUGAUUUACGCAACAUGCUUUUUGUUUCUCGGUUACUGGAUCGACUUCGAGUAUAUCUUCCGUUCGAUCAUACAAGCAUUUUAGUAGAAUAUUCCACACAGGUACCUCUGGAAUUUGAUUUUAAUAGGGAGAGACGCAUGUUGAGCGUCCUAGGUCGUCGUAUUAGCUCUAAUCAUAAAGUUCGUGUUCCAGCACCGAUCGAUGGACUCUGCACUGCUCAAGUGUUGACUAUGACUUUGAUUGAAGGCAAACCUUUAGCAACUUUUACGUCAGUCAGCUCAAAGAAAAAUGUGGAGGGCAAUCUUGAUUAUCUUAGAGACAAUUUGAGGGAAUUACUAGCAAGCUUUGGAUUUCAAAUCUUGAACUUAGGUGUUUUUCACAGUGAUCCCCAUCCGGGCAAUAUUUUACUAAGAGAUUUUCGAGACAUUGCGCUGAUAGAUUUUGGUCAGGUGAAAAUAUUAUCUGAUGAAACACGAGUGCUGUUUGCGCAUCUUGUCGUAUCAUUGUACGAAGAGUCGGAUCAAUUGUACGCAAUAUUAAAAACACUCAAAGUUGAGUUUACAAUAAAUGAUCCAAAAUUGAUAAGGACCAUAGCUUCAAUUCUGUUUGAUACACGCAUGGAUAUACCCGAAGCACUCGUAUCCCCACUAGAUUCUGAAUUUCCAGCGGAACUACGCAGUGUGAGAAUAAAUGUGAUACCCACGGAGGUUUUCAUGAUUAUUCGUAUCAUUGCUAUAUUUCGAGGCAUCUUUUCAGCUUUGGAUAUCGAUUUACAUGCGAGGAAACUUUGGGUCAGCAGUGCACGACAAACAAUUCUCGAUUCCGAGCGUGUAUAUAACUUCAAUAUUCUAGCGACACCAAGAAAUGAAGUGAACAUCGUUGAUCAGCUGAAGCAUUUUAGUGCUUGGCUUGCCCUUCAUGGCUUGCCUCACCAGAGGGAGUAUAUGAUGGCUUUUGCGAAGUUACAUGUGUUUUGUAUCAAAGAUUUACGGAAACUUGCCGCAGAGAACGAGCGAUCAGCACUUGAUGCCGUAUUCGCAAACUUCUCGGAACAGGAUAGAAGCCGUUGUCUAAAACUUUGCUAUGAGCAUUCAUGA